GUGAGGGUUUGAAAAAUAAAAUAAUAUCAGGAAUUAAAACGCUAGCCAUUAGAUACUUUAUUCGAUCCCAAAUAAACUUGUCUCACUUUGGAUCCUUUGCCAUUCUCUACAAUGGCGCCGCAGAAUAACCAGAACCCCGAAUUCAAGCCUUUUAGUAUAACCUUCGUUCCCAAGGAGGAACUAGAGUCGCAAACAACAGUCGAGGCGUCAAUCUUCCAAUAUAGCGCAGGCAAUCACAAAGCCGAUGUCAGGCCAAAAUGCGUUAUUCAUGGUCAUCUCGACGGGGAGAGCAGUGAAGCUGCCUCUCUGCUGCUUUACGAAGUAAUAUUCACCAAAUCUUCAUAUAAAAAUCGCAACGAUCGUCCGCGAUCGGCAGAGAUCACGUUGACGCUGAGCCGAGUGGAACCAGGCCAGAAUCAGACGGAGCCGUACACGAAAUGCUUCGAGCCUAGGUAUCCCAUUACGGUCAUGCCUACGACAUCGAACGAAACACGUGAGGCCGCCUUAGGAGGCUCCCUCGGCGCAGAUGUUCAGGCAAAGGCAGAGAUGAGGGCAGAUGUGAAGAGAACCUCUGAAUUCGAACUGAGCCAUCACAUCAUCAUUAGCGGAUCUAGCGAACAAGACCUGAAAAGAGGAUCCGGGCGCCUGGGGGACAACAUCGUCACAUGGGCAAUCGGCGAGAAUGACAAGGAGAAAGCAAAUAUAUAUUCCUUGGUUUUUGGCUUAGUUGUUCGACAUCCAGACCCGGAAAGCGACUUCAAAGUUGGCUUUCACAUCGAUGGGAAGUUCGGACCACAAGGAACUGCAUGGCUUGGCCGCCUAUUCAGUAAAGAGCAUGACAGGACCGGAACAUACUCCCCCAAAAGCAAAGCUGUGCUAGUACCGGAGCAUUGUGUGUUGAUCGAAGGAAAGAUGCCAACGGCUAAUACAACUGCUGGUGGAGCAGCAGCUGACCCCGAGGACAAAAGAAUCAAGAUAUAUCGCCAAUCGCUUGCUAUGAUCGAAGCCGGCAAUGCCUUGUAUGAUCUGACAGAGGUGUAUCUUCCUGAAGGAGUCGAGGCGAAGAAACUCCAUACUUAAUAGUUGUGUUCGUCAGCCAUAACCGUUAGUCAUGAUCGUAGCCAUGCAUGACGAGAAUGGUGGAUUCAAAGUACUGAGCCGGAAGGGACCAAAAUUAUAUGCAAGACAAAAAAAUGAUUUUAG